AUGUUGAAGGUGCCUCGUGAGUUGCCACUGAUCUCUCUCCUUGAGACGAUCAGAUUGACACUCACCACUUGGUUUUUUGAGCGAUGCGAAGCGGCUGCGAAACAUAAGCACCUGGUUACUCCAAAAGUUGUGCAGAAGUUCGAAUCAAGGUUUGGGGCUGCAAUGGUGCUGAAUGUGUAUCAAGUUGAUCAAAACGAGUUUGAGGUGAAGGAUGAAACUAUGAAGUAUGUUGUUGAUUUGGAGAAGCGGCAUUGCACUUGUAAUGUUUUCGACAUUCACAAGAUUCCCUGCAUUCAUGCAAUUGCUGCUGCUAAGUAUAUUAAGAGAGAUGAAAACCGUUACGUCGAUACUUCUCACUUGACAGAAACGUGGGCUAAAGCCUAUGCCGAAAGCAUACACCCUGGUGGAGAGUUGUCAACGUCCACCUAUCCAGCGAAUAUUGACGAACUGUCUUUCCCACCUCCAGCUACCAAAAAGAGAAGUGGACGUCCUCCUACAAAGAGAAAGAGAUCCGUUGGCGAGUUUGGUGUUCCUGGAUUUAAAUCUCAGUCCCACAAGUGCAGCAGAUGUGGAAUAGGAGGACACAACAAGAUCACAUGCAAGAGGCCUAUAGGAUGA